UUCUUGCCAUUCACAAAAAGCAGAACAACGUUAAUACAACAUACAUCAAAAAUUGCUCUUUCCGCAUAUAAAUAUAUACAAGUCAUAUAUAACACGUAUCGUCAUCGUCUGUCCUAAAGGAAAAGGGAAGGUAGGAAUGUGCUAAUAUUAAAAUGAAUGUGAAAUAUAAGAGAACGACACAACGAUGUUCGUAGUACGUCGAAGGAACGUGGAAAACCGCGAAAGGUGCGCGCGCAGGCUGGCAACAGGUAAACGUCAGGUUGCGAGAGUAAAGGUGGGGGUGAUUAGACGAAAACGAGAGAAAGGGAGAAAGAGAGAGACGGAUAGAUGGAGAGUGUGUGUAUGAGGUAGAGAGAGCGAGAGAGAGAAAGAGAGAGAGAGAGAGAGGAAGAGAGACAGAGAAAGAGAAAGAGAAGGAUAGGUAGACGGUGAGUGUGUAUGAGAGAAAAAGAGAGAGAAAGAGAAAAAUGGCGGUCGUCGACAAGGGGCAGGUGCGCUCUCCGGGGUGCGGAGAGAAACUCGAGGAGAGAGAGGUGUUGCGGUCGGACUGACUUUCCGAGGUGGGGAUCGAACCAGAGGACUUGUGCCAUUAGGUUUGCUCUUUACGAUCGACAGUCGAGCUCAGUAAGUCGAUAUCGAAGCAGGUGUUUCGAGUGUUCUCCCGCGGUUUCUUUUUCUCUCUCCUUUUUCUCUCUCUUUUUCUCUAUGUCUCUGUCUAUUGCUAUCUCUCUCUGUCCGUCUGUUUUUCUCUGUCUCUCUUCGUCGUUGUGUUCAUGGUGAAAAUCCGUCCGAUCGUGCCUCAACGUUUUUAUACAUUUAAUGAACCAUCGAUCGUUUCUUUUUUACAUUUUAUUGUGUACGAGUGUGUGUUCGUGUGAUCGUUCGUUCUCCGAUUAUCUCCGGAAAGGAUCUAUGAAUGCAAGAGAAAAAAGAAAGAUAUAUAUAUAUAUAUAUAUCUAUAUAGAUAUGUGUAUAUAUAUUUAACGAACGUUUAACCUUCACGUCCGAUGGACGGGUUUCCUAUUCGAGAUAUUCCGUUCGUGUACCGUUAAAGGACGAUCUCGAAGAUGACCGCGAGCGAAGAUAAUCGUUCGAGCGUGAAACGAGACCCAUGAUGUCGAGGUUCGACGUUAACAGGAUCGAUAGAGACAGAGAUAGAGAAAUUCGAAGAUUCGAGGAUCUUCGUAGAUAUUCUAAGAUUCUUAGCCGGCCACCGUGAUUUUUUGCGAGAUAUUUGUCUCCCAUGCGAGAGAAAGAAAGAGACAGAGAGAGAAAAGAAGAUAAAGAAAAAAGAAGAUAGAUAAAGAGAGACGGAGAGAGAGGGAGAGAGAGAGAGAGAGAGAGAGAGAGAGAGAAGAAAAAUAAAAAAUAAAAGAAGAAGAAUUAGAAGAAGAAUAGAAGAUGUCUUCUCUCGUUAAAACGAUAAUCUUCGUAUUCUGCGUCACGGGUUCGAUCGUGACGGGUUUGAAUUUACGUGGCAGCAAAUGCGGUCAGAAAUUUUGCACGAGUGUGGAAUAUUGCAGUCGAUUCGAUACGCAAUGCAAGCCUUGCUCCACGAUUUGCAAUCCUGACGAUCACAACCAUCAACCGGAGGACUGUUUAAAAGAUUGUCAAGAAUAUGUCUACGAUCAACGGUACGCCCUCCGUGAGGAGCUAAGCCAGUACGAGGAGCUCAGAGAAGUCGACAGGCUGCGUAUUCUCUUCAGCGUAACCUUGACGUUAACGUGUUUGGCGAUCAUGGUGAUCGUCUAUCUUCUUAUCAAGACUUUUGUACGUUGCAACAAGAUAGGAAACGCGAUACAUAAUGUCUUCUCGAAAAAGUGGGUCAAGAAGGCGACUAAUAAUAACAAGGUGCAAGACGAUAUAGAAACCGGUGCGAACAACGUUAACAAACACAAUGGUCUGAAAUUGAGUAUGCCAACGAUAAGUGCGACCAUAUCUUCCUCACAGGAGACUACAAACAGCAAUGGUACACCUAACACAACGAGUACGCCCCUUUCUAGGAGACAUCCUAGCGAGGAUACCACGCUGGAUUACGCUUACGACAAUCCGGCGAUGACACCGAGCCCAGAAGCUGCACAGCUUCGGACUAAACGCGAGAGUUCCUUUUGAAGAUCCAAAUGAUCGUUCAUCAACGAUAUUAAUUCUCGAUCGAUCCUUGAUUAAACUAAACGAAGAAAAAGAAAGGAAAAGAAAAGAAGAAAAAGGACACAGUAACAUCGGCGAUCUAUUCUAUCGAUUUCCUUUUUCUUUUUUCUUUCUCUUUUCUUUUCUUUUUUUUUCUUUCAAAGACACCUUUACAUUUUUCGAUCUACAUAUUUCUCGUUCAGCUAUUUAUUGAAAAUAUUUGAAGAUGAUGCGAGGACGUAAUAUACGAUUACGCCUUUGUCGUUGCGAUCUUUUUAAAAGAGGAUAGAUAUACUCUUUUUUUUUUCUUUCUUUCUUUCUUUCUUUUUGAUUCUAACUUAUGUUUUUAAUAUUACGAGUAAAACUUAGGGAAGAAGAUAUAGGAUAUUCGUAGAUUAAGUAACGCGUUAAAUGAUGAUAGAUAAGAAGAAAGAUGGAGGAGCGACGGACGAGCGCGUUCCGUGCGUUCGCGAACCGUGCGGCUGUGUGACUUAAUAAAAUAUACAUUUUGGCGUCCAUCGGACGUCAUCGCCGGAGGAGUGCAAGCGCCCUCCUCGCGUUUAUUAGAAACAUUAUCUAGCUUUAAAUAUUAUACGUUUAAUCGAUAUUUAUUAAUUUUAGGUUCAAAUCCCUUUGAUAAUUCGUUCGAUCGCUUUAAGAAUCGUUUGAAGGAAAUAGCAAAAAAAAAAGGAUGAAAAAGAAAAAAAAAGGACAAAAAACGAAAAACACCGACUAAAAAAAAAGAGAAAAAAGAAAAAAAGAAAAGAAGAACGCAAGAAAAAAAAUCCUUAUCAGCCAUUCCGUCCAUGAAAGGCCUUACGAGCAAACGCGCACGCGCACGUUUUGCAUAGGACGACGAUUUUUGUCGACGCGAAAAACGAGGAAAACUCCUCGGGAAUCUUAUUCAAAAACAUUGUUAUUCUCUUUAGAAAUUUUCUCUUGGAUUGUACGUGGUAUAACGUGAUCGAAAAAAUCAAUCAGACAACAACAACAAGAAGAACAACAUUAUUCUGUAUCAAUGCGUUCGCAAAUUGAUGUGAAAUUUUGAUGAAGGAUUUUUUAAGACAAAGAAAAUAAGAAGAAGAAGAAUAAAAUGAAAAAGAAAGGAAAAACAAUUCUCUCUCUCUCUCUCUCUCUCUCUUUCUCUCUUCAACGAAUUUAAUCAGUCCUCGUUUUUCGCGCUCGUUUUAGCGUCGACCUUAGCGUUAAUUAAGCUAUUAUUCACGAUCAUCGCCAAGUCACGUUUAGAUAUUUAACGAGAUUAGAUGAGAAGAAAAGGGAAAAAAAGAAAAAGCAAGAAAAAAAAUCCGCACCCAUCUGAGCGCGCACAAACAUACUUCGAAAGAUUUUAGAUAUUAAGAUGUUCAAUCAUUUGAUCGGUUCUUUCUCGAACGAUCAACGUCUUCCAGAAACGAAGAUAUUACUUUGCCCAUGGCAGCUCAUAAUCUAUUAUAUCGAUAGAUUACAUAAGUUCACCCACAUAUAUAUAUAUAUAUAUAUAUAUAUAUAUAUAUAUAUAUGUAUGUAUUUACCGAUCUUUCAUCCUUCUUAAUCAACAACCGUUACUUCACGUUCCUUCGGAAAUCUAUCCAAAGUACUAUUUAAGUUAUUUUAAGAUAGCGCUCUUCCGACCAUGUUUUAAUGGAAAUUCUCUUGGUUAAGAGAAGUUAUAUUUCCGGUAGCUUCUUUCCUUACCCCUUUUACAAGUUAGAAACUGAAUGAAUAUCGUUGAGAAGUAUUUACUUACUUACUUACUUACUUACUUAAUUUGUUCGUUCGUUCAUUCACUUUUCCAAGUAAUUUUCCUCGGUAACGAGCUUCUAAAGAAAAUUGUAUUUUAAUCACUUCGCCAUAACUCGUCUUUCGACUAAAGUUAUACGUGUGCAUACAUAUAAAUGAUAUAAUUGUCGAUUUAGAGACAUUGUUCUUCGAUAAUCUUUUUUUCAAAUAUUUUCUUGAAAUUGUUAUAAAUAUAUAUAUUUAUAUAUAUAUAUUUUUUAACGUUAAUUACAUCGUCUAAAAUCUAUUAGCGUCUCUUAUUUACUAAUAAACAGAAUAUUAAAAAUAAUCGAGUUAUGCGACCAAACGAUAUGGUCAUCCUUUCGAUUAUAUUUUAUUUAUCAUAUCUUAUAAAUUAAUCUUAUUAUCUAAAUAUAUCGAAACAUUUGAAUAAUCGUUUUUAAAACAUAGUUAAAUACUUACAUAAAUGGAGAUUGUGUUAUAUGGAAGAGCAAUAAUUAAAAAAUUGUAUAGUAGAUCGUAAGAAUAUUAGAAAGUAGAAUUAGGAUAUCAUCGUUAUCGUUUAGAUCGAAUUUUUAUCUCUCUUAAUGCAUUUCUAAUUGGUUAAUUACUUUUUCUCUCUCUUUACUCUUAGCGUAACAAACGAGCAAUAUAUGUUAUAACACAUAUCAUCUGCAUUUGAAAGAAAGAAAAAAAGAAUAGUAACGAUUGUUAAAUUACUUUUAACUUAAGAACGUUCUACACUCUUAAGGAUCGUAUCGUAAGAAUAUAAGAUAAUGAAAAUUUCGUCGAACAUUAAAAUUAUAUAAAAAAAAUUAUAUAAGA